AGACUGCCUUUCCUGAUGUCAGAUUGGCCUGAUAUUGCUGAUUUAGUUACUACAUUCAAACAAAAACAGCAAUCCAUCUCCAGAAUGUUACAUUUAAGACAAAAUCUCUAGGCUUCCAAAUAACUGCGUUAUGUUAAAAGUUCAGUCAUUAGACGAGAGCUAAUGUUUUCACAGUUCUCUCAAAUUCGUCGGAGCACAUCGAGCUGCCUUACAGUGAUCCUACAAGGUCACAGACGCUGUAUUAUCGGAUCACUCCUCUACAUUGCCGUGACAUUUAUUAAGCAGACAUUUUGCAGGUUCCAUCAUAGUUUGAUAAAGUUGCUUGGUGGACUCUGAGGCUGCUCAGGCACAGCUGUAGUUGAGUUGUUUAGAAGUAAGCAGAAUAUAAUGUUUGAGUCAAAUCAGGCUCAGAGCUCUCUCUAAUCAACCAGUGUAGUUUUGAUGUUAAGAGUCUGGCCCAGUGACGGCCGUCUUUGGCUAUCUAACCUGAGGAGUCUGUCCUCGAUAUGCAACUCCCUCCACAGGCAUCACAAGCUUAUAAAGGUUGUUUUAAAAGCCAAUUCUACAUGAAAUUAACCUUUUUUUUUUUUUUUUUUCAACCCCAUUCAAACUUAUACAUUAGUUGAGUCCAUUCAUGUGCCAGUAUAUGGUUUUAUAUCAUCCACAUCUUCCUACGUCUCUAUAGGUUUGUUCUUUGUCUCACCUCAUCACAGCAGGCUGCGAUGCCUCUACGUUCAUGUUGAUGUUGUCCUCGUUCCAGCGAUCAUAUUGCACGCUGCCGGCACUGUUGGAGUCCAUGAGGGAAGUCCUUCCUCUCCUCAGAGGUUUAUCUGCUGCCUGGAAUCAACCAGUCACUCAACGCGUCACUGCUCGGCCUGGACACACAAACUGCUGUGACACACUGAAGAUGAAGACAACACUACAGCAUCUUGACUACAGUAACUACAAAGGAGAAACAGCAGAGUUGAGUAUGGUAUCAAUGUGUGUAGUCAUUUUAAAAAUUAAAAAACCUUAGUAAACUACUUUUAAUACAUCAUAAUGGCCUUAAAGUCUGGAAUAAAUCAUGUCAAUAAAGUAGUGUUUCAGAUAAUCAGACUGAAAAGCAGUGAUUUGAUGAUUGUCACCCAAAAAAGAAAUCACUUUACAUCCCCACAUUCAUAAUCAUUGAACAUAAUUAGUGCUCAUGAGUGUUAAACACUUAACCUGCCAAGAAUACUUUGCUGCUCACUUUUAAAGGCACGACUGAGACUGAGGGGGCCUGCUGCUUGGUAUGAGACCUCGGUCGUAUAGUUCACUGGUUGACUGAGUUCAACCUGUCAUAAGUCCAUUGGUUCCACUCCAGCUUUUCUGCUUAUAUGAUUCCUUCCCAUAGUGAUAAAGGGCAAUGUAUGCUCUGUGGGGUUUGCUUGUUUCUAGUUUCAUCAGACCCUGUGUCGAUAAUGGACCACAAAGCAAAAACACUUAGUGCUGUCGAUUGACACGAUACUCCCUCCCCUGUAUGAAAAUGUGAAUUGGUUGAAUAUAAUAAUAUCACUUUGUUGUUUCAUAGAUUUUCUCUUAGCAAUGUAUUAAGCCCAGUGACCUUAAAAUGUCUCAUACGGCACCUUGUGGUUUCUGUAUGCAUUGACAGACACACUGAUCAGUGCAACAAACACUUUAGAGUUAACAUGCAUUUGCAAAAGGAGAUGGAGAAGUAAAUACAAUUAUUUCCAGGAACACUCAUGUUGGCUCUGUGAUAUGCAUUGGAUAUAAUUGCUAUACAGCAUUUGUAUCAUCUGUUAACAAGUGGCUCCAGAGCCUAGAGCUUUACAGGCAUCAGUGGAUCCUAAAGCAAUUAGAGGAAGACUGUAGACAGGGCUUGUGUUGUUUUUGCUGCCCAUUGGUCACUGCUGCCCCCUCAUGGACAGGCAUCAAGCUUAUGACUUUGCUCUAAAACACCUGCUACACCUCUUCUAAUAUACCUGAAAUAUGAGCCCAUGUAUCUUUAGAUUGUUUUUACUGUUAUAAUGUAAUAUUUUAAACACAUUCACAUUUUGCAUAUAGUAUUAGGCAAUGCACAAUAAUUCUAAGUAACAUGGGUUUUCUUGGUACUCCUAUUAUAAGACAUUUGUUUGACUUGUUGUAUAUAUUGUACCUAAAUAUAUCGUUUGACCUAAAACUAUAUGUGAGUUCCAUUUCAUCAAAAGACGAGCGUACUUUAUUUUUUUUGUAAAUUGACCAUCAUAAACCCUUUCCAUAUUUCACUCCAAUGACUUUUACACUUUGCUUUAAAUAUUUUUAAACUUAAUACACUUGAUAUGUUUAGUCAUUAUUUAACAUUGUAUUGCUAUUUGUUCAUAAUGUAGCUCUACUGGCCUAUUGCAUGUCUAUCUGUCCUGGAAGAGGGAUCCUUCAAGUAUCAGAGCUUUCUCCCCUUUCCUCCUGUUUUGUGUGUGCGUGUGUUAAUAAAGCCUUCUGUGAUAAAAAAAAAUCUAUGACAUGAGCAAUGCUUAAAUUCUAGCUUGCAGACAACUUGAGAGUGCAACUUGCACCUGCCGUCCUCUGUGUGAAGCGUUUCCCAAGGCGCAAUAACCUCCACUAUCUCUUUAUGACUCAGGCGGCCCGAGGGCCUCUGCGCCACCCACACUCCUGGCGACCUUUGGUACGAGGCACCGCACAGGCUCCUGCGUGAGCAAAGCUCAACGCUGAGGCAACAGAAAUAAACAGUAGAGUUGAGCUGAUACUCCACAUAUUUGUAACCACAUUUGGAAUAUCCACAAAUCAUGGUUCCUUAGUGUGUGAUUGCUAAAAUCACAUUUACAUCCAUGCCGUUUUCUAAAAACCUGUGAUAUUUAAAAGUCAGAGGCAGCACGAUGUUCUCCUUUAUUACAUCGUUUAUUCCGACUUCCUACUUUCCAGAGUGGUUGACUCUCGAUACAAAUCCGGUGAAUAGUUUCCUUCAAGGACUGGUCGGUGCUUGUGGGAUCUUGGUGCUGUGCUCCCUGAUAAGACUGCACUUAUUUCUAGAAGAAGAGAGUUGGAGUGAUAAAGAUAGCACAUCAGGCCAGAGGACACCCAGUCAUCAAAGCAGAGCGAACACUGGACUUGUUGGGACGCUCCAGUUCUUCUUCGUGACUGGGACGCUGGCUGUGGUGGGCUCCCGCGUUGCCUCCCUGGUGGUGCUAGAGUUUUGUCUUCGAGCCGUCUCUGGAUUGGUUACAGCGGGACCAGAGUCGAAGAAAUUUGUGCAGCAGCUGCUGGUUCAAAGCCAGUUCUCCCUCGGCUGUGCCUUAAGUUGCAGCUUGCACUUUCUCCACGAGGGGGCGUCCCAGCGCUGGCUAUGCCUGCUCCUGGCCGCAGCGCUCAGCUGGUUCCUGGCGAGGCAGGCUGCGCUGCUGCUGCACCACGUGCUGUCUCUGUACAGGCUCCACAGCUCUCAGCGCUACUGCGGCACUUGCAUCAGCCUCCUCACGUCGGGCCGCUGCCUGCUGCCCAUGCUGUGCAGGACGAUGGUCAUUACGUUCUCCGUGGCGGUGGUGGCCGCCAUAUCAAUCAUCAAUCAACACUUCCUCUCUGCAACGGAGGCCCUCAGGUUUUGGACACCACUGACUAUCUGCUACACACUGUUGGUUGUGUACAUGCAGGAGGAGCAGCACCGCAUGCCCGGCAGCCAGGCGGUCCUGAACACAGUGGUGGUGCGACUCGGUGGUUUAAUGGUCCUGAUGCUGACUGUUGGUCGUUGGGCCGACGUGCUCCACAUCCUAAUGUGUUUCCUGGGUGAGGCCAGCUGUCUAAUCCCCACUAAGGAUCUGCUAGAUGCUGCAUUACCACAGGAGGAAGAGGAUUACGCACGCUACACGAAAAGAGAGCAUCAACGAAGACCACAGACACAAGAGAAGGAGCAUCGGACAUAGACACUGUGGGAUUUCAACAUCUCGUGGCACCUCCUUUUAAUGACACUAAUACACCCUAUUAGGGCCACACCAACAAUGAAUACUUUCGUAUUUAGAAUGUAAUAUUUUUUCAUUAAAAAGUCCAAGGAGCAUAUCACAGCAACUCCGAAAUUAAAUAUCUUAAAAAAAGGUUAUAGUUGUAUGAUCCACGGAAUACUGCUUCAUCUUCUUGUCUGUUAUUCUCUCAUGAAUCUGAUUUUCUUGGUGAUGGACAGCUCAUUAACACUGACGCAGGUGACAAACCUUCUGGAUGUCAUUCUAGGAGUCUGUGUUACAUCUGGGAUAAAUCAAUGCUGUACUCUUUGGGAGAUGUUGGCCAGUUACUCCUCAUUGUUCC